UCACUUGAGUGAAGUGAGUGAUCUCCGAAGCUUAAUUAACCAUGGCUGCCCUUGUCAUUCUCUCUGCUGCUCUCCUCCUCGGCCUCCUCCUGCCUUCCUCCAUGGCCGACAACGUUCUCUAUGGAGGCGACACGAUGAACGCCGGCCAAUCCCUUACCCAAGGGGGCUAUACCUUCAUCAUGCAGACCGACUGCAACCUGGUGCUUUACGACAGCGGCCGGGCCGUGUGGGCCUCCGGCACCGAUGGCCGAGGCCGCAACUGCGUCCUCCGCAUGCAGACCGACGGCAACCUCGUCAUCUACGAUGGCAACAACAGGGCUGUUUGGGCGAGCAACACCAGCGGCCCACGGGGCAACUUCGUCCUCAUCCUUCAACGUGACCGCAACGUCGUCAUCUACGGCUGUCCUAGGUGGGCCACCAACACCAACACCGCCAAUUCCGAAGGCGUCCUGAUCGUCAAAAGCGGCCUGAACGAUACUAGCUUCACUCCGGAGGUGGUCGCACCAGCGGCCGAUGAACCUACGAACAGGAAGAUCGCCAUGGUGACUAAUAAUUAACUGGCUUCACUACGAAUCAUUCAUGGAUCACUUUUAAUUAAUUACAAUGAAUAAAAAGAACGAGAGGCGAGGCAUAAAUAAUUAUCUGGUUUUCUGUUCCUACCGGUGGCCUCCCUCGUUCUCGUUUUUAUGUUUUACGUUAUGUUUUACGUAGUGUUAAGUUGGUGUGAGUCUAUCACCUUAAUUA